AUGCCUCAGCACUCAAUGGGGGACAAGCCCUUGGUCUCCGUGCCGCAGCUGGUCGUCCCAAGCCCACCCUUGGCCAUGGACAGCGCGUGCGGCCACAGUCCCCCCAGCAGGCAGGUGUCCCUUGGCUCACCCCCGAGCCACGGUGCCCCGUGUCCCACCGCGCACAGCCCCCCGGACUCCUGCAACCAGCCGCUGUGCCCGCCGCUGACCGAGAAGCAUGGCUGCCGGACACCCCCCGAGAUGCACUAUGUGGCUGCUGGGCCACAGAGCAUGGCGUGCGGCUGGUGGGCCUUUGCGCCCAAGUGCCUGCAGGCCUUCAACACGCCCAGGGGCUUCCUGCUCUUCCUGUGUGCGGCAGCCUUCCUGCAGGGCAUGACGGUGAACGGCUUCGUCAGCACGGUCAUCACAUCCAUCGAGCGCCGCUACGACCUGCCCAGCUACCAGAGCGGCCUCAUCGCCAGCUCCUACGACGCAGCCGCCUGCCUGUGCCUCACCUUCGUCAGCUACUUCGGGGGCAACGGGCACAAGCCCCGCUGGCUGGGCUGGGGCGUGCUGGUCAUGGGCGCCGGCUCGCUGCUGUUCGCACUGCCCCACUUCACCGCGGGCGCCUACGAGGCGGAGGUCGCCGAGGGCGUCGGGACGUGCCGGGCCAACCGCAGCGUGGCAUGCAGGGACAGCGCCUCGGGCCUGGCUGGCUACCGACUGGUCUUCAUGCUGGGCCAGUUCCUGCACGGUGUCGGCGCCACGCCGCUCUACACGCUGGGCGUCACCUACCUGGACGAGAACGUCAAGUCCAGCUACUCUCCUGUCUACAUUGCAACCUUCUACACGGCAGCCAUCCUCGGCCCCGCUGCCGGCUACCUGAUCGGAGGUGCCCUGCUGAACGUUUACACAGAAGUUGGCCGCCGGACAGAGCUGACCACCGAGAGCCCGCUAUGGGUCGGCGCCUGGUGGGUGGGCUUCCUGGGCGCGGGGGCUGCUGCCUUCCUCAUCGCCAUCCCCAUCCUUGGGUAUCCCCGGCAGCUUCCAGGCUCCCAGCGCUACGUGGUCAUGAGAGUGUCUGAAACACACCAGCUAAAGGACAGUGAACACAAGGCGGCCAGCAACCCCGACUUCGGGAAAACCAUCAGAGAUCUGCCUCUCUCCAUCUGGCUCCUCCUGAAAAACCCCACAUUCAUCCUGCUCUGUCUGGCUGGGGCCACCGAGGCCACGCUCAUUGCCGGCAUGUCCACCUUUGGCCCCAAGUUCCUGGAGUCCCAGUUCAGCCUGAGCGCCUCAGAAGCUGCCACCUUGUUUGGGUACCUGGUGGUGCCAGCUGGCGGCGGUGGAACAUUUCUGGGCGGCUUCCUUGUGAACAAGUUCAAGCUCCGCGGCGUGGGCAUCAUCAAGCUGUGUCUGCUCUGCACCCUGACCAGCCUGCUGGCCGUCUUCGUGUUCUUCAUCCACUGCCCCAACGUGCCCAUGGCCGGUGUGACAGCCAGCUACAGCGGCAGCGUCCUUCCGGAAGGCCGCCUGGAGCUGACAGCCGCCUGCAACGCCCCGUGCGCCUGCUGGCCCGAGCACUACAGCCCCGUGUGUGGUUCCAACAGCCUCACGUACUAUUCUCCCUGCCAUGCGGGUUGUGGUGGGGAGGCUGCGCCCAGCGCAGGCAGCCAGAAGGUGUACCAAGACUGUAGCUGUGUCCCUCAGAAUUUUUCCUCUGGUUUUGGCCAUGCUACUGCAGGGAAAUGCACUUCAACUUGUCAAAGAAAGCCCCUCCUUCUGGUUUUCAUAUUCGUUGUAAUUAUCUUUACAUUCCUCAGCAGCAUUCCUGCGCUGACGGCAACGUUACGGUGUGUCUGUGACCGGCAGAGAUCCUUUGCGCUGGGAAUCCAGUGGAUUGUGGUUAGAACUCUAGGAGCCAUCCCCGGGCCCAUCGCCUUCGGCUGGGUGAUUGACAAGGCGUGCCUCCUCUGGCAGGACCAGUGUGGCCAGCAGGGCUCCUGCUUUGUGUACCAGAACUCGGCCAUGAGCCGGUACAUGCUCAUCACUGGGCUGGUGUACAAGGUGCUGGGUUUCCUAUUCUUUGCCACCGCCUGUGUGCUGUACAAGCCCCCCUCGGAGUCUCCCAACAGCCUGGCAGCCUCUCUGCCCAGCCAGUCCUCGGCCUCUGACAACCCCAUUGAUGUCCGAGCUACUCCCUUGGCCCUCCAGCUCCGGAGUGACGUCUGA